CAGAUGAUCCCUUGUGCGCGACAAGAGCAUCAUCUGCACAAUGAUCAACGCGCGAUCAAAUACCAAAUGAGACCUAAAAUCCGAAAUACCUAAAACCGUGGAGGAAAAACAUUAGGAUAAGAGACUAUUGCAUGAAUGAUUAAUUUACCAAUGCAUUGGUAAUGCAUUGCAGAGGGAAGACAAAGAAAUGCAUGUGCAAAUAGGCGUGACAGUGUGCUUGCAUUGAUUUGCUCAAUGUAAAUGCAUCUCAUUUACAGCAAAAUCAGUGUGCGUGUAAACAUGAGUUCUGGUAUGCAAGAACAUGAACAAAGCGCGAGACUAAAGCACUUCCUGUCGGAGCUUGCAAUACUGGGUUCUUUACAGGGCUUCCGAUAUUUCCAGCCCUGGCUAAGAGGGAGAGAGGAACUUCUGCUGACUGUGGUCAAUGAUGACUUGAGAUGGUGUUCUCCGGGGUUCCCUGUGUCUGUGGCCUCCACCUUUACCAGCUCAACCUGCAGUAGUAGUUACAGUCUGGACAGCGACUAUGCUAGCUCGCCUUUGGCAGGAGAAGGACCACUUCCACAAUACAAACUACAGACACCAGACGGCACACAGACACAAACUCCCAGCAGGAAUGUUGAUUCUCAUCUUCUCCCAGCUUCACCCAGUGAGAGAGAGAUCGCUGUUCCUGAAAUGAAUUGCACCCUGUUCCUGUUAGCCGGCUAUGUCAAGUAUGGGCAACCUUAUGUCUGGAUUCGAUCCAAUCAUGAACGCCUAGUAAACGUCGGAGGAACUGAUACUCUAGUCAAAGAUACACCAAUGAAGCUGAAGUCCAUCACAGACUGGGUUUCAACUUCCCAAGGAGCUCAUGUAUGGGAUGUAGUGAAUGAGUUGGUGGGACUGUGCACCAUGCCGCCUCCCGACAACCCCUUCUCUUUGGACAUGCGCUACCUCCAAACCCUGUCCCUCCCAGAGCGCUUCCUGGUCACUGGGGCCCUCCUGAAUUUCCUGGAGAUGAUCGUGGUUCAGGGAAGCCGAAAGGAACCGUUCUAUGAUCUGGUUGUGGAAGAGUUGAAGCUGCUGAGACGACUUCAUUUCCAAAGCCUCUCUGAGGUCCAAAGGUUUCAAGGAAGCGACAGGACUCAAAGUCCUUUAUUCAGCGAAUGAAACGGAUACUUCAAAGAAAUCCAAGGGUUCACUAUUUUUACUAUUUGUCCUAGAGCUCUUAGAAUAAAAAAAAAAUCACAAUCUGAACCAUGAACUAACAUGUUUUGUUAUUUAUUUAUGUUUUUAUAUAAAAGAUCAUUAAUUUAUGUACAAACAGAUGUUUAAUAAUGCCAGCUUUAGCCCUGUGACUGUAAGAUUGUAAAUGUCAGCCAUGUUUUUGUGAACCACGUAUGUUUUUGAAAAGUUACUAAAUCAGACGAGACUAUUUUAAUCCCCUGCCAUUAAAAGAUUUGCACCCCAUGACUUACACAGAAACUGCUCACUCUUUAAAGACCUAAUCUGUCCUGAAAUUCAAGUAACAACUGGCUUCUUAAAAGUUUAUGGUGUCUUUGUGCAUUUAAUAAAUUACUAGAAUACAUAGCACAAAUGUUUUACAUAUAAAAAGUUUAAUAUUCCAUAAAAUACAUUUAAUAUUUAAGCGUCUACACAAAAGUAGGUUAAAAAUAAGGUACAAGAACAUUCAUAGAACAUUAAAACACCUCAUAAAGCAGACAGAACAGAUCCAACAACAGAUCUGAGGUCGUUGUAAUGCGAGAUACGGUUUAAUACGACUUUAAAUAAAAUCCAUAAGGAUAAAAAGAAAAAAGAAAUCCCUUUGAUGUAACUGGCCUAACAAGAGGCAGAAUUUCUAAUACCAUGAGGCACCGACUGAAUACUAUUGUGAUAUAUGAUGUGAUUCUUAGUGAGCACAUGUAACAGUUUUAGGGAAAUAGCAACUUAUGGUGCUGGACAAUCUUUUGUACUAGGUGAUGUGUGUUGUCCCAGUCAUGUGAAGCAUGGUGCCCUCCUUUAAAAUACUUGGUUUAUGCAUCCAGGCCACUUAAAAAUGCUUCCUUGCGAUUUAUAACUUUAUGUAACUGUAGUGCAACGAUGCUGCUUUUUCAAGGACAUGACUCUUUGUGCAAGUAUACCUUUGAAACAGUAUUCUGAUGUCAUAAGAUGUUGCCUGGAGACAGUGACUUAUUGGGCUUUUUUCUUCUCCAAGGAAAACGGGCUGAUGUCGUAAAAGUUACAUAUACAUAAAAAAUGGAUGCAUGAGCUAUUAUGCCCUCAAAAACUUCUGGAAUGCAGGUGCACGGAAACAAAUUCUCAUUUUAAGAGCACACAGCAAUACCGCUGAUCUUCAUUAUCUGUUUGGAAUUAUUAAAAGCUGAAUAAAAAUGGCAAACUGAGGUAGAACCAGGCUAAGACGGAUAUGGCUAUGA